GAGGGAGUAGCACGCAAAUGCACCAUGUCGGCCAACAAUGACAUGUGAAUUCACACCAAACGCACACAGGGAGGGGAAAAAAUCAAGCCCUCGCUACCACACAUCUCUUACAGUACUCCAAGAUCUCUUAAGGAAAUCUCCUCCUUCUCCCACGCCACACCACCACAUCACUUUUACCACUCUCAGAUCCAGCAAUCUCACAUAGCACAAGGCAAUGGAGGUUGCUCUCGUGGGCGUGGGCACGGGGGUGAUGAAGCCCCUCCUGUCCAAGCUCUUCAAGGCGCUCAACGAAGAGCGCAGCAAGCUCAAGGGCGUGCGCCGUGAGGUCGAAGGCACAAGAGAAGAGAUGAGCAAUAUGCAGGCUGCGCUGGAGGCGCUAGCAGACGCCGAGCAGCUCGACCAUGAGACUAGAGCUUGGAGGGACGAUGUCCGCGAGCUGUCCUUCGACAUGGAGGAUUGUGUUGAUGACUUCAUGGCUCGUGCUGACACCAAGGAAGAUGGGCCAAAGGGCUUCAAGGGGUUCUUUGACAAGCUGACCAAGCUCAAACCUCGCCAUGAGAUCGCCGGCGAGAUCAAAAAGCUCAAGGCCCGUGCAAUCGAGACAAGCAAGAGGCAUCAGAGGUAUAAAACUGUCCGCCUCUCAUCUGACUCCACCGCCUGUGAUAUUGAUCCCAGGUUGCACGCGCUCUAUCUGGACGUCAGUAAGCUUGUGGGCAUUGACGGUCCUAUGAAGCAUAUCAUUGAGGGGCUCAAAAAUGAAGAUUCAUCUUCUAAGCAGCUUCACGUGCUGUCAAUUGUUGGUGCUUGUGGUCUUGGUAAGACUACUCUCUCUAAUGCAGUCUACCAAACCAUCAAAAAACAAUUCGAUUGUUCAGCUUUCGUGUCUGUUUCUCGGAAGCCUAACAUGCGAAAUGUUCUAAGAGAAAUCGCUAAAGGGUUGAAGAUUACUCACAUCACUUCUGAUGAUGGCGUGCAUCCACUUAUUGAUACACUUCGGGAGCACCUCCAGAACAAAAAGUACCUUGUUGUGGUUGAUGAUAUAUGGAGCACAGAAGCAUGGAAAACUAUAAGAGAUGCUUUACCAAAUAAUGACUGUGGGAGCAGAAUUUUCACUACAACACGCAAUAGUACGGUUGCAUCACUUUGUUCUCCUCAAGGCGAUUAUGUCUAUAGAAUGGAACCCCUUAGUUCCGCUGACUCCCGAAGACUAUUUCUUGAAAGAGCAUUCCGUUCUGAGGAUUUACUCCCUCCCACUCUAGAAGAAAUAUCUAUGAAGAUAUUGGAAAAGUGUGCAGGGCUUCCUUUGGCUAUUAUUACCUUGUCUAGUAUGCUGGCUGAUAAACCAGCAGAAGAAGAAUGGAAGAGGGUGCUUGAUGCUAUUGGUUCUUCACUUGCAAAAGAGGCUGUGGUCAUGACGAAGAUAUUAUCUCUCAGUUAUUUUGAUCUUCCUCACCCUCUGAGAAGUUGCUUGUUGUAUCUGAGUGAAUUCCCAGAAGAUCAUAUUAUCGACAAACGGAGUCUGAUACAUAAAUGGAUCGCCGAAGGAUUCAUCCAUGAAGCACAAGGGAGGAGUGCACAUGAAGUAGGCCGGGAUUAUUUGAAUGAAUUGAUCAACAAGAGCUUGAUCCAGCCAAUAGCAAAUCAUCAAUCUGACGAGUUGUAUGAUGAGGUCGCAGCAUGCCGGAUUCAUGACAUUGUUCUUGAUUUCAUAACUUGCAAGGCCGAAGAAGAAAACUUUAUGACAUCAUUGGAUGAUGGAAAGAAGGUGGGGAGACACAAGGUUCGCAGGCUCUCUGUGGCGAGCCGCACUAAUGAAAUGGAUUCUGUGUCAGGGGAUCUCUCCCAUGUUCGAUCACUUGCUAUGUUUGGGUAUUCUGUGUUGCAAUUUCCAGCUAUUGGUGUGUUGGAUUUCCCAGUUCUUCGUGUGUUGGACAUAGGGGAAUGUGAGAUUGUAAAAGGUGAGCAAAUGGCAAAUAUUGAAAAGUUACUUCUUCUCAAGUACUUGCGUGUCGGAGCAGGAUUGAUAAGUACUACCGAGCUUCUAGGAGGAAUUGGAAAACUGAAGUAUUUAGAAACACUGGACAUGCGUGGUGUCGAAAUUGGAAAACUGCCAUCAAGUAUGACACGGCUUCAAAGGUUGGCCCGUCUAUAUGCUCACUUCAAGACUAGCUGUUUAUCGGAUGGAAUUAUAGGACAGCUAAAGAGCUUAGAAGAGCUAGAGCACAUUAUGGUCCUUGACUCUGAACUUGACAAGUUUCUGCAGGAACUUUGUCAGCUAACCAAGCUAAGGAUGUUGAGUGUAACUGUGAUAGACCAAUCUGAUUCUGUGGAAAACAAAGCAGUUGUAAGGUUUAUUGGAACCUUAAUAUCUUCGUACAAUAUUCAUCAUCUCAGAAUCAGCCACGAGCCUUGUAGUAAAAAUCAGUCAGAAGGUUCUCUUAAAUAUAACCUCCUUCCGAUGGAAUCAUGGUGCCCUGCAAAUCCUUCAGUGGCUAGCCAGGAGUAUGGUCAGGACCAGCGCUGCUCUUUUGCUCACCUCGGCCCGGAAGGCCGUGGACGGGUCCAGCAGGCAUGAGGUGUUUUCGCCGGCCGACACGGCUAGGGAGGCGUCGACGCCGCUUCUCGCAGCCGUAGGUGCGUCCGGACUGGGGGUACAUGCCUCACCGGCCCCCACAGCGUUGGGAGGGCUGGGUGGGGCCUCUGCAGAUUCUGCCCACGCUUCGGUGCGCGGCGGCCGGGCUGCUCCGGAGCCGGCGACUGCUGGCGGAUCGCCGGUGUUCACGCGGCAGGCAGUAACGUCGGUUACUACUUCUGCGCCGGUGACGGCGGCUCAGGGCGUCGCUGUGGGGGGAGGGGCAGGUGGUCUCUCCCCGUGCAGGGCUUCUCGCGAUGAGGUCAUCGCUUUUGGUGGCAUCCCGGACCCUGUCUCCCAGGGGAGGCGGAUCAGCGGGCGGUUGCAGGAGCAGCCGGACGUCGACGACAUUCAACUACGGUGCGCUGUGAGAGCGACCAAGUUGCAGGACGUCGAAACCACCACUGGUUGUUUUCAGAGCCACAGCGUUCAUCCGUAUGUGGUCGCUACUCACUCCGACGGAGGCCAGGGAGCGUUUGGUUACUGCGUCUACCCGAUGGGAGAUGGUAGCUCGGGAUAUUUUCAACCGGUUUGGAUGACGGUCAUGUAAUAGGAUAGAGUGAUCCUAUAGUUUUGCCAGCCGGUUGUGGCUUUCAGCUUUUCUUACUUGCAGAUUUUGUUUUAAUUUGCACUAUGACCUUUCUGUACUUUUGAGAUUGGUUUCGUAUUAUUAAUAAUAUGAGCCGUAUGCAUCAUUCUGAUGCAGAGGCUGGGGCGCGGCCCCUUUUCCAAAA